UGCUGUCAUGUCUGGCGGGAGGGGGGAUUUCCCAGCGGCGGAGUAAGUUCGUAGCUGUUGGCCACUAACCUAUCAAUCACAGCUUUCGACCAAUGGGGUGGAGAGUGACGUCACAAUGGUUAUCAAGAAGCAAGUUGUGUAGAAAAUCGCUAUAUCCCUGACAGAACGCGCUCGGGAGGACAAGUGAUUGGAGGCUCCGCUCUUUGUGCUACAGUGUAUGGUCGUGUCCGCCGCUACUGCUGCUCACCGGGGACUUGUCGUGAUCUUGUCAGUGCGGUGCUUACGAGUCCUGUGGGGAGGGCGGCCAUGACUCCCGGCCAGUAAUAAAUAAGAAGACCAAAUGGCCAAACAACCAUCAUUGCUAAAUCCGGGGUGCAGUGGAGGAGACCAGAUACAGCCAGAAAACAGACGCACUCCAUACAGACCCCUCAGGACAGGGGCCCCUACGUCCCUCACCAGCCCCCAUUCUGAUGAGGGAGGGAGCUGCCCGGCCAGUACUCCCUGGGGUCCUAGUUUAUCACCAUAUAGCCCCAAUUCCUUUGCCAACAGAUCCCCACAUUGUAUGUUAGUAAGAGCAUCCUCUCUUGUCUCCAAAACGUCUAGUGGAUAUUUUUCAUUUGAAGUGAGUCCUGCUCCUGUGUAUUGCGACAAAGCUACUCAAACACCGAGCCCUCCGUGUCAAGCAUUUAACCACUAUCUCUCAGUCAUGGCUGCCAGAAAUCUCAACAUCCAUGAAGAAAUGCGGCCAGAAAUCUUGAUUGCACGUGAACUUCGCCGUAUUGGUGAUGAAUUUCAUGCGUUAUACAAUCCAAUGGAGGGUUUUCACAACAAUCGACACAGGGUGAUCAUUCUGCGUGUGCUACAUUAUAUUAUACGGCUCAUAUGGUUAAGGCAGUGACCGCGGCUCUCAAGCCUGGAAGGAUGAAUGAAUUCCCAAAUGAAGGAUUCCAGCACUUGGCACAUGUUUAUAUACUAUGCAAUCUGCAUCUUCAGCAGAGCUUUAGAGGUCUUCCUCAUUCAAAAUACCCUCCAGAAAACACCCCUCUGAAGGAAUCGGAAUGGCUGGAAUCUGAACACUCUUACAUUUCUUUUGAUGGAUAAAAAAUUUUCAGCAAUUUUUAUAGAAAAACACAUUUUAUAUUUUAUGUAAAUAAGAGUGAAUCGCCAGACUAUCAUAUCUACUGAUACUAUGCUUCAAUCUCCAAAGACCUGUGGAUAUUGUGGAAAUGGAGCUUCUGAAUACACAUUGCUGCCUUACUUGUAAAAAGCAAAUGUGAUGUGGGGUGUGAAGUCAAACUGAUCAUACAAUGUAAAGUGCCAGUCUUGGUACUGCUGUUUCUCCAGUUACAUGAUCAACACAAGGCAUUUUAAGGAUUGUUACAAUCUCCCCCCCCUUUUUUUUCUUUCCUUCUUUUGUGAGAAGGAUUUCAUUAUGAAUUUGGAUUGGAUGACCUUGGCAGUGCCCACUCUUCUAAAUGGUACAUUGCUGGAAAUGAUAGCGUUUUCAACUUAAAAUAUAACCAUUGCCCUACUGGAUUGGAUGUUUUCUGCCAGCCCAGUCUACACCAAAGUGUCUACUUUUCUUUUAUAGUGCAAAACAUGCAAAUGGUUUCAAUAACUCAAUUUGCCUGUUCCCUCUAUAACAUUAAGGGGAUUUUUUUGGGGGACCAGUUGAUUCCUUGAGAACUACUAAACCUAAAAUACAUUGAAUAAGAGUUUCAAUAUCUAGUUAGAAAAGGUGGCUUGUUCCCACCUACUUUACCUUUUUGUUCUCUUGGCCUUAGCCCUGAAGACCCAUAUGCUUACCUAGCAUAAAUAUAAUUGGUGGUACAAAUAGAAUAAGAGCACUCGGCACUGGAGUUCUGCUGGUUGAGUUUGUGCAAAAUGAUCAGGUGCCUGUACUGUACACUGGGCGGUGCAAAGCGACAAUAGACAGAGAUGCCAUGAUGUGGAUGUAAAAAGAAAUGACAGCGCAGCACUCA